GCUCCGAAACAUAUAAUAACCAAACCCGGCGUCUGAAUCCAGCGAGUCACUUUCUCUGGGGCUCAUUAACAUUAACAGACAGACCUUUUCCACCUAACCAGGAACCUACAAGACCAAGCGAAAGAGAAAAGAGACGACCUCGCAAUCGCUUUGAUUUUUACAUUUUAAAAACAAGUCCCAGAAAGAGGAGGGAGGGGACUUGUUUUGGGGAGAAACAACGCCACUGUUACUUUACUUCACAUUGAAGUAUAAAACCCAGCGACAACUUCAGACUGUAAAUCUAAGAAGUUUUGACUUUUUAUCCACCUAACUUCAGCCAAAAAGAAGAGGGCAAAAAUAACAGAACAACGUUGAUUUGCGACGCUGCCAUGGAUUCUGGAAAGCAAGUCACCUUCCCGUUGAUGCUCUGUGUUGGCACUGCCGUGAUUGGCUCCCUGCAGUUUGGAUACAACACGGGUGUUAUCAAUGCACCUCAAAAGAUCAUUGAGAACUUCAUUAAUACGACAUGGGUCGAACGCUACCAGCAGCCCAUUACAGACAACACUCUCAAAGCUAUCUGGUCCAUCGCCGUAGCCAUCUUCUCUGUGGGCGGCAUCUUUGGCUCCUUCUCUGUCGGCGUCUUCGUCAACCGGUUUGGAAGGAGAAAUUCCAUGCUCAUGGCUAAUGUCCUGGCCCUGAUCUCAGCGGCCUUGAUGGGCUUCUCCAAGACAGCGUCCUCCUUUGAGAUGCUCAUCAUUGGUCGCUUUGUGGUGGGAUAUUACUCAGGCCUUUCAACCGGCUUCGUGCCCAUGUACGUGGGCGAGGUGUCACCCACGUCACUUCGGGGGGCUCUGGGCACCCUCCACCAGCUCGGCAUUGUCGUGGGCAUCCUCAUUGCACAGGUGUUUGGGUUAGAGGCCAUCAUGGGUAACAGUGAUUUGUGGCCGCUCCUCUUGGGCUUCAUCUUCAUACCGUCAGUGCUACAGUGCGUCCUGCUGCCUCUCUGCUCUGAGAGCCCACGUUUCCUGCUAAUCAACAAAAAUGAAGAAAACAAAGCCAAAACUGUUUUAAAGAAGUUAAGGGGCACCAACGACGUGAGCGCCGACAUGCAGGAGAUGAAAGAAGAGAGUCGGCAGAUGAUGCGAGAGAAGAAAGUGACGAUCUUGGAGCUUUUCCGCUCGCCGCUCUACCGCCAACCCCUCCUCGUUGCUGUCAUACUUCAACUUUCCCAGCAGCUGUCGGGCAUCAACGCCGUCUUUUACUACUCAACGAGCAUCUUCGAGCAAGCUGGCGUAGCGCAGCCAGUCUACGCCACCAUCGGAGCGGGCGUCGUUAACACGGCUUUCACUGUGGUGUCGCUGUUUGUCGUGGAGCGCGCCGGCCGUAGGUCUCUUCACCUGUUGGGUCUGAUGGGAAUGGCCGGUUCUGCCCUCCUGAUGACCAUUGCCAUGGCUUUGCUGGACCAGGUCAAAUGGAUGUCCUACCUGAGCAUCGUGGCUAUCUUCGCCUUCGUAGCCUUUUUCGAGAUAGGACCGGGUCCCAUCCCUUGGUUUAUCGUUGCCGAGUUGUUUUCUCAAGGGCCGAGGCCUUCAGCCAUGGCCGUGGCUGGGUUCUCCAACUGGACCGCCAAUUUCAUUGUUGGGAUGGGCUUCCAGUAUUUAGCUACGGCAUGCGGCGCCUACGUCUUUGUCAUCUUCAUCGUGCUGCUGCUCUUCUUCUUCGUUUUCACCUACUUCAAGGUCCCCGAGACCAAGGGCCGGACUUUUGACGAGAUCGCAUCAGGCUUCCGCCAGAGCGCCGUCACGGGCGGUGAGAAGCACGAGGAGCUCAACAGCCUGGGGGCCGACUCACAGCUUUGAAGCGACCCCCCUAUCCCUGGCUAACGGGACAAUUCUUGGUCACAGUGAGGAGGGGGACGAGGAGAGGAGGGGGGAUUCUACUUUCUAGACAGGUCCCAGCAUAGAAUGAUUUUCACACUGUCAGCACAUUUCGGUCGUCUUCACCACGUGGGAUCCACCAUUACGUCUUCUGCUGUCCCCCCUCUUAUACACAUAGCCACCACGCACACACGGAACCCUCUACCCCGCGUGUCACUCAGAAAACUUGACGGGUGAGACGUCAAAGAGGUGCGUCAGAAGGUUUUUGAUAUUUCAAAGAAGGAAGGUUAUUUUUAUAUAGAUCUACUUUUUCACUGAGCAACCAUACUGUAAAAAAUGCUGUAUGUAACACUGUAGACUUUCGCACUGUAGCUCCUGCACGGCUUUCGCCUCCAGAUGGCGCACUUUUCCAUGAAAUAACCCCCCAAUAAGUUACUGAGGAAAGUGAUGUAUUUCCCGCCUUGUGAUAUUAUAUCUCCGUGUUUCUUUUAAUAUUUUGUAUUUAUAUUACUUGUUGCCUCUAGAUUGACAAUAUUUUAUUCAUUUUUAGAGAAAAUAUAUGUAGUAAUUGUUAAAGCAAAGGCCACAUGAAUCCAUAAAAAAUCUACCAAAAAUGGCAAUUAAAAUAUGUGUGCAUACAUAAUACUAACACACACGUAUACUAUAAUCAAAACACAUUACGAUAUUAUGCUGUAAUUUUGCCAUACCACCCCCGCCCCCUUUCUUUUUAUUGCCAUGUACAGUGAAGAGCAGAAGUAUUUGCAUUCCUUGUGAUUUUGCAAGUUCAUCCACUUAGAAAAUAGCUCGAGGUCUGAAAUUUCAGUCAUAGAUGCAUUUCCACUUAUAGAGACAUAAUCAAAAAAAAAAAAAAAAAAGCCCAAAAACCCAAAAUGUUUUUGUACAAAUACUUAUGAACUUAUGAAUGUAAAUUAAAAAGGAAUUAUUAAAAAAAAAAAGCCCAAAAACCCAAAAUGUUUUUUUUUUUUUUUUUUUUUUAAAUAAUUCCUUUUUAAUUUACAUUCAUAAGUUCAUAAGUAUUUGUACACCUGAGAGUCAGCAAUAAUUAUAACACAAGAGUUUUCACUCUGCCUUUAAAAAAUGUCCACCUUUACCCCAUGAGUAACAACCCACCCACCACCCGUUUGAGCUCAUUAUUGUCACCUAUGCACCCCGCAGUCAAUCAUAAUCCAACUGCUGCCAUGGGCAAGACAAAGAAGUCCAAAGACACCAGAGACAGAAUUGUAGACCUCUACAAGGCUCGACAGGGUUAUGGUGCAGUUGCCAAGCAGCUUGGUGAUAUAAGAUCUACUGUUUGAGCAAUUAUUAGAAAAUGGAAGAAGCUAAACAUGACUGUCAAUCUCUCUCAGACUGGGGCUCCAUGCAAGAUCAACCUAGUAGGGUCUCAGUGAUCCUAAGAAUGGUGAGGAAUCAGCCAAGAACAACACUGAAGAGCUGGUCAAUGACCUGAAAGGAGCUGGGACCACCAUUUCAAAGGUUAUUGUUGGUAAUACACUAGGACGUCAUGGUUUAAAAUCAGGCAUGGCACUCAUAGUGUUUGGAGGAAGAGGAAUGAUGAGUACCAUCCCAAGAACACCAUCCCUACUGUGAAGUAUGGGGAUCGUAGCAUAAUGCUUUGGGGGUGUUUUUCUUAAUUAUGGGACUAGACAACUGCACUGUAUUAAGGAGAGGACUGUGAGAUUUUUGGGAAUAACCUCCUUCCCUCAGUUAGAUCAUUGAAAAUGGGUCGUGACUGGGUCUUCCAACAUGACAAUAGCCCGAAGCAGACAGCCAGAAUAACCAAGUAUUGGCUUCGUAAAAAGCAUAUCAAGGUUCUGGAGUGGCCUAGCCAGUCUCCAGACUUCAAUCCAAUAUAAAAUGUUUGGAUGGAGCUGAAACUUCGUAUUUCUCAACGACAGUCCCAAAACCUGACAGAUCUAGAGAAAAUUUGUGUUGAGGAAUUGGCGAAAAUCCCUACUUCCAUAUGUGAAAACCUGGGGAAGCAAAGCAAACAAUCCGUCAAAGGGCAGCGGGACGGGCGGCUGGGUAAAAAUUCCAUGCAGCGGUCCCACUGCCUCAAGCCGAGCUCUCCAAUUUUAAUACAUACAUUGCACUACCCUCCCCACUCAAUGCCAUCACUGUGCUGGGUAAUGGGGUGGUAGGUAGAUCCCACACUUUUUCUCUAUGGCUUGGCUCCCGGGGCGUGGCCUCCCUUCUGCCUGGGCUGCCGGCCGUGGGGGGGUCCGAUCUGGCACCGCCUUGCAGCACCUCCUUGCCGUUCUCCUGCUGCCGCCUUCCCCUCUUUCCUCUGCCUGGGUAUCUGCCUUGCGCUCCGGCAUGGGUCGCCAGCUGGAUGCAGGUGUGUCGGCUGGGUGUUGCCUGCUCCGGCAGGGGGCCCUGACCUGUCCUGGGCUUGGUGGGCCAUUAGGGGUCCCGCAAUGUGCCGGCUGGGUGCCUGCGGCUCGUGGUGGGUGUGGUUGCUGGUGGCGCGUCCCCUCUCCCCAUCCCUGAAGGUCGGUUGAUGGGGGCGUGGGUGGCCCAGGGAACCAUCCUGGAUCCCCGGGGGGUGACGAUGGCCCCUUUGCUGGACUGCGGGAGGAGGGAUGGGCUGCACUGGCUGGGUCAGCUGAGGGGGGGGGUGGUUGUGGCCCCGGGGUGGCGCCAGUGUGGAGUCUUCGCUCGUCUGCGUGGCUAUCGCAUGUUUGGUGGAAUUCGCUCAUGGCUGGAUGUCAGUGGCCUUGCUCGGGUGGCGGUCCUCGGUGCCGGGAUCAGCGAUUGGGCAGCGUAGGGUGGGUUGCCGGCGGGCUUUCACUCACAAGGGAUUCACACGAUUACUGGGUUCUAGAUCACAGAGCUGAUUUGUGUACACUCCACCCCUCACAAUCACUUAUUUUCUAGACCCCCCCAUGGUGUCAACUGGAAAUACAUCUAGCUGACAAUAACACUAACAUAUUCAUAGUUAUUGUGGGCGUUCAAUGUUUUUCUUGUUGUUAAGUUUUUUCUGUCUUUCUCUCCUUCUUUCCUCCUGUUCACCCAUAACCCCUUUGAGUUCGCUACUUUGUCUUAAUAAACAAAACAAAAACAAAAAAAACUUGGUGAAGAACUACAGAAAGCGUCUGACCUCUGUAAUUGCAAACAAAGGCUUCUGCACUAAAUAUUAGCACACACAGGGGUACAAAUACUUAUGAACCCCAGUAAAUUACAAAUAUUGAAAAAACAUACUAUUUGAGUUCCGGAAUUUUUUUUAGAUUAUGUCUCGAUAAGAAUGCAUCUAUGAUUGAAAUUUCAGGCCUAUAACUAUUUUCUAAGUGGGUGAACUUUAAAAUCACAAGGGCUGCAAAUACUUCUGCACCUCACUGUAGUGUACCCAUGAAUUGAGGUGUAAAAUUAUUAAGAGUAGGAAUUGACGAAAUGAAUUUAUUAUCGCACUAAACAACUAAAAUUGCAUGCUAGCUGUGCACUAGCAUCUAUAAAGCUAGCUAGCUCUCGGCUGCAUCCUUCUUUUUCCUUGGGGUUAUUUUCUGUCAUAGAUGUUUGGAAAAGCUUCUAUUUAGAAGUGCAAGUGGGUGAAAAACAAAUGGACCAAAAUGAAAGCCAGCCUUACUAUCCUGUCUUGGAUCAAUUCUCCUAGGCCUUGCUAUGUGUUCCAUUGUGGAAGUGUUGUGCGCUGCUAUGUGUCAUAGUAUUGUUGAGCUCGCGCAGCCUCGCUGUCUACUUCUGCUGUAUCACUGCUCUUGUCUCUUUCGUUUGAGGAAACCAGAAAAAUACACCUUUAGCAGCACUUUAUUUUUCAUAUUUUCUUUCGUCUCGGAAACAACUCAAAUCUUUUGUUCCAGAGGAGAGCGGCUGAUGGAAGACUUGUUGUCCGUUAAAAUGGGAUUGUGACAUUGCAUAUCUUUUUGUUUGAUGUUUUUUUUUUUUUGCCGUUGUUUAUGAAAUGUGCACGCCACUUGUUGGCAAAGAAGCAUUAUCAAAUUGGGAUUUUGAUCCAAAUCAGUUGUCGUUGCAACCAUUCCAUAAGUUAUAAGCAGAAUGUUGAUGUUCAGUAAAAAGUAAUUAUGAGGAUUUUUAAAAAAAAAUCAUUCCUGGGUGGGAUCUACUACGUUGUAAAGAGCUUCGAUUUCCUUUCUUGCAUGGGUCCUUGAGACUUCUGCAUCCUGGUAUGAUAAAUACCUUGAACCAAUUUAAUAUUGAUUUGUGUCACUUGUGGGGGAUAAUUCAUUUUCUACUGAGGAGACCAUCUGUGUUUUUCGAACCUAAACGUUUCAAACCCAAACCACAGGCUUCCUCUUUUAUUUUAGUCAUGGAUCUUUAAGACUUUUUCCAUGCAUCCUUUCAUGAUAGACUUGUCCACCAAGUUUCAUGCUAAUCAGUAUAACUGGUUUUGACUUUUUCUCCAACUUUCUCGGCACGUGAAAAAUGGCUUCAAACUAAGGCUGGGUUCAUACUGCAGGUCAUAAUUAGAGGUAGGAAGUAGACGAUUCGAUGACUGAUUACAAUUCAGAGGCUCCGAUUUGAUUAUAAAUCAAUUAUUGAUGGAAACCCCCUCACCCCCAAGCUAUUAGCUGCUUUUAAUUUUUUCAUACAUUAGUUACAAAAAGUGUACAAAACGCCUCUCAGGCUUCAAUAAAAACUAUUUCAGUAUCAAGUUAACAGUUCGAAACAGUAAAUAAAAUACUCAAGUCCCCAUUCUGUUUAAGCAGCUUUAAACUAAAUUCAAUUGAUUUAAUGUUGUGAAUCAACCGUUAAAGUUGUUAAAAUUGCUCAGGUUAAUCCAUAAUUUCCCUUCUGUCUACUUUCGACAUGUGAAAGUUUUAAAACUGUUUUACAGAUAGAUUGAAGUCAAGAUUUUGCCGAUAAUGGAGUAUUUUAGUUAAAAAUUAGUUUCGCCACAACAGCCCUCUAAGGACAUCUACUGCUUUAAGAUGGCGGCUGUUUAUUAACUGCAAGUCUGCCAUUUCGCAUCCAGUUUUCGAUACAUGUGCUGCUAACACCGUUGAGUCUGUCAUUUCGCAUCUAGCUCUAUAUGCAUAUGAUAUCUUAUCUACCGAUAGCAUUACAGUAUAUGGACGGACUUUUUAUCGGCGGUCGGCAGCAGUCAGGUAUUGUUUUCUUUUUAUCUAGCGGCAUGAGUUGAGCCAGAGCCGUGAGUUGAGCAUUGUAAUUAUGUCAUGUUUACUCUUGGUCCGUUCCUCAUUGCGUCCCGAAGACCGCGCCGACUGUGUUUUAGUUUUGCGUUACUUGACAUAUUUCAAGAAACAGAAUUUGGAUGUUUGUAAAUCGUUCUCGAAUCUUCCACGGCUGAAUCGCGAAUAAUGUAAGGAUCGGAAAUUUCGCACACCUCUAGUCAUAAUAUACAAAUCCGAUCUUAUGGUGUUUUUCCAACUCGAGUGAGGCAUUAACUUCACGGUCUAAAAGGCACAAGUCGCAUAGAAGCGGACCAUUUUGAAUCCGAUCUGGGUCACUUUCGUAUGUGGUUUAAAUCUGAUCUUGGCCACAUUUUUCCAGAAUGUGGCGGAAGUCGGAACUGUCAACUCUCCCAAAUCGGAAUUCAUGCAGCAAUUACGUCAGCAAAGAGCAUGAUCAGCAGGCAAGACGACAGCGAUGUAGCUGGUUAUUUGCGUUAGCGCCAUCUUGAACUCGGCUUUUCCUACGCAGGAAGCAGGCUUGACCACAGUCAUAAGAAAAUAUGAGGAAAACGAUAAGCAUGAUGAUGCUCGGUUUCUUACUGUGUGCCAAAUGAGCAAUAUUUCAGUUUUGCUUACAUGGCCCAGUCGGGGAAAACUGACGUUUGUUUUGAUGCUUCUGUGCAUACGGGUCAGUUUGCUCAUCGCGUGUCGAACUGCGAAUAAGUGCUGUUGGAGGCAGUCUUUCAGGUCCUCCGCGUGUUCGUUUUCAAUUCAGUUGAGAAGGCCAGACUGGAUUGCAAAGUAAAAGACUGGAGGCAAGAGAUCAUUAUUGCGCAGUUUUAAUUUCAGAUAUUUCUGGGUGCAUUCAAUGACAGAACAAAAGCUGUGUAGAGAAAUGCACACCGAACACAGAACUCGGCGUUGCUUAUAUUAUACUUAAAAGGAGGUGUGUCUGUUUGGUGAUUAACUCAUCUUACAAAAUAGGUCAUGAGCCUUGCUGGUUGGCAGUUAAAAGUCCAUGAUUAUCUGAGGCAAAACUAACUAUCAGCAGUUUCUAGGAAAACAACUCAAUUUGAUUGCAUUAGGCAAGAUGCAUACUGACUUCAGUGCGCAUGCGCAAUACUUGAAUGGGCUCAAUGAACAAAAGCAAUCUGAGCGGGCAUGCCAAAAAUAACAUAUGACAAAAAUCGGGAUUAUGCAUUAAGGCCUGCAGUAUGAAUCCAGCCUAAAAUGGCCAACUUCCUUUUGAUUCCAGAUAUUUCUGGCUUUUGUCCUUGAGACUUUUUAUUGUAUCGUGUCAUGAUAGACGUAUCCACCAAAUUGUUUUUUUCCCCAACUUUCUUGGGGUCACUACCAACUGAGAAAUUGUUGCUUCAAGCUAUGAUGGCUAACUCAUUUUUACCUUUGUAGACUUGGGUCCUUGAGACUUUUUCAUGCAUUCUGUCAUGAUAAAUGUAUCCACCAAGUUUUGUGUCAAUCAGUGUAACUACUGUCGGAGGCUUUUUUUCUUUUUUUUUUUUUUUAAUCCUUGAGGUCACUACUGAGUGUGAAAUGGUUGCUUCUAGUUAAGAAUGUCCUUUACAUUUUUGGGCAUGGAUCCUUGAGACUUCUCCAUGUGUCUUGUGGUGAUAUAGUCAUCCACUAUGUUUCAUGUUAAGAUCAGUUAAACUGGUGUUGGGGGCAAUCCCCCCAUUUUUUUCGGGGUCACUACAGAGUGACAAAUUGCAAUCCUUUGCAUUUUUGGACAUGGGUCCUUGCGACUUUUUCAUCCAUCUGGUCAUGAUAAAUUUGUCAACCAACCAGUUGGUUUUUAUAAUACUCCCAGGCCUGGCAUUGGAUUUAUUGGUUAUUAUUGGAAUUAUACGUGGUGUUUACUCAGGAUCUUUAAACUCUCUUUUCACAAGGAUGCACCGCCCCCGCCCCCACCCCCCAAAAAAAGCACUAAACACGGAGUUACCUGUUUUUUUAUCGGACCGUGACUAUAAUUUGAAUGUCCUGGUUCUCUUUGUGCCAUUCAAUCUGUGCCUUUCAAGUGACCUUCAAGUGCACUCCAUUCACAUAAAAACAUGGGAUUUUGUUAUAUGUUUUUAAACAUCAACUUGUAAAUAAAAAUCACCGCAGCCACUCCAAAAAUUGUUCAAAUAAAGAAAAAGAUUUUUA